AUGAUUGUGCUGCAACGAGUGGAAGAACUCAACGAAUAUUGCAGCACCUUCAUGGACCACACAUGGCUUCAACCGGCGAAUGGCGCCCUGGCUUUAUGCUCUCAUGAGGGGGCUGUUGAGAUUAUCUCCAGCGGCUUGGACGUGGAGGAUGUCGAUGGACGAGCUCAGCAUGUCGAUCCCGUACCUUACUUCAUCUGCCACAUCCAGUGCCCCUUCGGCAAGCGGCGCGCCGGCCUCCCGGCCACCGAGAUCCGCGCCUUCACCCAUGGCUUCGUGGUGGCGGGAGCGGACAGCUGCAUCAGCGUCUGGCGCCUUUCACAGGAGGGAGAUCGAGACGCCGAUGACAUGCUAUCGGGGCCUUCCUAUGAGCAUGACUGUACGGCGUGCUUGGCGCUGGGGGCGGGCUCACCUGUGGUGGCCCUUGAUUUAGUGGGUGGCCGUGACGAGGUGCAUGCUGCAGUGGGCUUCCAGAACGCUUACAUCACGCAUUUCCGCUUGAGCUUGCUGCGUUCUGGCGAGGUGGAACCAGCUGCUCCUGUUGAAGACCUACCACUGGUGGGAGGUGGCGCGCACGCAGGCCCAGUGACCAGCCUUGACAUGGCCGUGCAGCGCCCCAUAGUGGUCUCUGCUUGCAGCCAGGAUGGGACCAUUCGAGUAUGGGACUACCAAGCUGGUCGCUGUGACAUUUGCUGGCAAGCUUCUGAAGAGCUCACCAGUCUGGCCCUGCAUCCUUUUGGCUUCCUUCUUGCAGUGAGCUUCAGUGAUAGGAUUCGCCUGAUGGAGAUUCUAUCCAAAGAUCUGAAGCUCUUCUCAGACAUCAACAUCAAGAACAUUCACCUGCUCCGCUUUUCCAAUGGCGGCCAUAUUUUGGCUGCAGCGCAGGCGAAGUUGAUCAUCAUUUUCAGCACCCGGACACUGAAAAAGAUCGCCACCCUGCGAGGGCAUCCCCGAGAGGUUGCGUCUAUGGCUUUCGAUCCCUUGGACAAGACCUUGGUCUCAGUGGGAGAAGAUGGCAAGGUCUGUGAAUGGAGCACUGAGAAUUGGAGUUCCAUCAACGAGUACGGAGUGCACGGCGAUGCCGUGGCUGUGGCCACUGCUGGUGCUGGCCAGGUGUGGGCUGGCGUGGCGGACCAGGAAAGUGCAGCCUUUCGAUCCUUCCGCAACGGGGUCUACCAAGAGAAGGAGGACUUCGUUUUGCAUGCCUCUGAGCAUGUCAUCUCGAUGGAUCUUCACAGCAGACCAUCGGAGGUGUCCAUCCUGGCCGGAGACUGCAACGGAAACCUGCUGGCCUUCUGUAGCCUUACCGGAGUGUUGAGGACAGCCAGAUUGGGGUUGCACGAUGGUGGCAUCACAGCUAUUCGAAUCUCCACAGAUGGACAUACUGUCGCCACGGCUGGAAAGGAUGGCUGCGUCUUUGUGCUCAAUGCCGAUGGUUUCUCUGACACGGAGCUGGCCGCCAAUCGCCGGCAGCCAAUGGAGGUGGUCAUGAUCAACCGCGGGGAUAUCCAACUGCGUCAGGAUGAGAUUAAUGAGCUGAGCGUGCAGAUUUCCAAGCUGAAGACACAGUUGGAGGAGAACGCUGCCAGGCUGCAAGGUGAACUACGAGCAAGAGUUGAGGAGGCGAGACGGAAAGAUCAAGCGACAAUUCAAUCGCUUCGAAGCCAGUAUGAAGAGCUACAGCAGGCCUCCACGGUGAAAGAGAGAGAUAGCUUGCGGAAGAUGAAGAUCACUGAGGCCCUACACGUCUCAUCAGCUGAUGACCAGGAGAAGGCCUAUGACAAGCGCAUGCGCGCAGAUGCUGACAACUACGUGGCGCUUCAGGCCGAGUUGCGCGAAAUGGAAGCCAAAUUCGAACAGAACCGGCAACAAGCUCGAUCCGAUCUGGAGCAGCAGGAUCAGAAGCAAGAGAAGGCCACGCAGCAGCGGCUCAAUGAGAAGGAUAGCAAGAUCCAAACGUUGAAAGAUCUCAUCGCCUUCACCCAAAAGCGCUUCGAUGCCAUGUUGGACCAGGAAGGCAUGGAACAGGCGCUGGAAAUCUCUGAGAUCAAGAAGAAGAAUCAAGAGGAGCUGGAACAACAGCACCUGGUGGAGUACAAGCUGAAAAAGGACCAGGAUAUGUUGGUGCGAGGGUUGGAUAUGAUGGAGAAGGAUCGUGAUCGCAUCAUCAUCGAACAGAGGGAAGCUGGAGUCAGCAUCAACAACUUGAGAUCAGAAGCAGAGAUCAUGAAGCGAGAGGUCCAUUCGCUGAAGGUCGAACGAAAGGAACGUGAGUCCACACUUCGAGACAAGGAGAUGGAGAUUGGUACACACAAGGUGAAGGUUCAGACCUUGAAGAAGUUCAAACAAGUCUUGGACUUUCGACUCCGCGAGGUGACCGAUUCGUUGAAGCCGAAGGAGGACAUGAUCGCGCAGCUCCAUGUGCAGCUGGCAGCCCUGGAGGAAGAGUUUGAGAAGCAGCUGGAGAUACAGUCGCAGAUGGACGGGUUCUCAGGAUAUCUCAGGAUCUGUGGUCAAAAGAUGUCAAAAGUCCAGACUGCCCAAAAAUGGUUGGAGAAAAGCGUGAGCGCACCAUCUUUCGCUUCUCCGCGGAUUUGCACGAGCUGGCCACCGGUGGUGAGGACACCCGCAACUGGCACAUUGGCAUGA